AUGGAGCCGACUACCAACCCUCCUGAGAAUCCUCCAACAGAUGUCGAAUCGGAGAUAUCAGACAAUGAGGAUGUGAUCAGAAAGAGCAGUAGAACGAGCAAGCCUGUUGAGCACUUCGCUCCGCCACAGAAGAGGAAAAUUGAGGCAAGGAAGAAGCUCCAGGCUGGAGAGGGAAAGGGACUCAAGCUGGGAGAUAUUGAAGUGGUUUCGAAGGGCAUCAGUAAGGCUGCGGCUGAUAGUGAGGGCCUCAAAAGGCUACAUGUCUGUCUGUUUAACUCAAUUGGGAAAGAAUCCACUAGGAAAAGGGAUAUUCGCGCCUGGAACGGCUCCCAAAAUUCCGAGGACCGAGAGAGGAUCGAGAAGACUCUCUCGACCACUAAGAAACAGGAAAGUUUGAGAGAGAUCGCCCGUACAUUGGGGUUGUCAGCAUCUCAGAGCCGUACUGCCUUAGAAGAGUCGAUUUUGAGAUUUUUGGACAUUCCGAAGGACGAGGGAUUGAAAAAAAGAACGAAGGAGAUGAAGAACACCGAAUCAGGGAAGCUGCUCACACCAAAGGAGAUUACUGAGAUGCUCAGUGUAGAGUGGACCAGCAUGACGAGUGUGGAGAAGGCUGCUUUUGGUACUCCUCAAAAGGCUGGGCAAAAACGCAAGCGUUCGAGUACAGCUGGUAAGAGUAAUGCUAAGAAGGCUCGCGAAGGGUCGGAAGAGAAAAAAACAGACGAGCCCAAAAAAGAGGAUGUCAAAGAAAGUGAGGAGGAAACGCAGAUAAACGCUGAGAAAGAGUCCCCCGAAAAACUUGCUACUGAUAAUAGAGAGGCUGAUGAUGACGUUGACAUUUACGAGGGUAUCAGUCAGGAAGCUGGAAACUGA